AUGAUAAGAUGUAGGGGUAGGAUGAGGAUUAUGAUGACUGCUACGUGUAUAAACGGGUAUGCUUACAGAUGUUCUUUGAUGCAUGCAGAUCCAAAGCAGGUCUUAAGAAGGAGUCUUAAAAAAAAAUCUAUAGUUUCAUCUUAA